AUGGGGUUGCUCAACAUCUUGAAGAAGAUGAAGAAGGACGACCAGGAAGCCCGGAUCCUAGUGUUGGGAUUGGACAACGCGGGCAAGACCACCAUUCUCAAGAAGCUGUCCGAGGAGGACAUCUCCCAUAUUAUGCCGACACAGGGAUUCAACAUCAAGAGCAUCAUGCAAGAUGGCUUCAAGUUGAACGUUUGGGACAUUGGUGGGCAGAAAGCGAUUCGACCCUACUGGAGCAACUACUUCGAGAACACGGAUGCGCUCGUCUACGUCAUCGACUCCUCCGACCGGCGCCGCCUAGAGGAGAGCAGCGCCGAGCUGCGGGAGCUCCUGGCGGAGGACAAGCUCGGAGGAACGCCCAUGCUGGUCUACGCCAACAAGCAGGAUCUGCUACAAGCAUCGCCCGCAGACGAGAUCGCAGACGUCAUGGGGCUGGCCAGCAUCACUGACCGAGUGUGGACUAUCCAAGCAUGCAGCGCCAAAACGGGCGAAGGUCUGCAGGAAGGCAUGGAGUGGCUCAUCGGAAACUGUCAGAAGUAG